AUGUCUGCACGCUCUCGUGUGGUAUCGGCCGACGAAGAGCUGGGCAAGCGUGACGACGACUUCUUCCGAUCGAGAUCCACAUCUUCACCUUCUACGCCCGUCAUAUCAAGCUUUCUGCCUUGGCCAUGGCGCAGACGACGGGUCCUCACGGUGUUGGCCGUGAUAGCUGUGGUAUAUGUCUUCAUGUACACACUACCUACCGAUAACACAGUACCCGAAGACUCUACUGUUCGCUCGCCAUUCACGCAUGGCAAUACGCCUAUCGUACCCUCUCGUUCCGCCCAGGAACCCGUCGGAUCCCCACCUCGAGACCAGAGCGGCGAGGAUGAUGAUGAGACGACAAAACAUUGGUACAAUGGUGUGGUUCGGUACUAUAAUCUGGCUGGUAGCCUACACAAGAUCUCGCGGACGGGAGGAUCACUAUCUCACAAUCGGAAUGUGCUAUUUGCUGCCUCUUCCCUUAAGAGCAUGRCCAACCUCAUCCCCAUGGCCUGCGAGAUGGCCAGUCUGGACAGAAAUUACGCGCAUUUUGCGCUGUUCGGGCGCAGCACAAUCUCCAUGGAGGAGUUGCUGGAGAUCAAUGGCGUGGAUUUGUGGAGCUGUCCGGUCUUCUGGCAUGAUGCGCGAGGAGACUUUGCCGAGUACAGCAGUGAUGCGCGAGCCGAGAGUGCAACUCGAGGAGCCUUGAAGCACAUCAAGGACUUUAUGCAUCCCCAAGCUGUGAUCAUGGACGACAGUGCAAAGGAAGAUCUUUUCUUCACCCGUGCGAUGCGUACCAAGGCGAAAGAUUUCGGUCAUACUCUCAUYGAGGUUCCUACAGGCAAGUACGAGGAGUUCCUCUGGAUGACCAAACUGGAGGCGAACAGUCUUGCAAACUGGUUCAGUCCGACCGUCGACAUUGUCAUUCAAGCCCCGCGUGCGAGUUCUGGUCGUCUCAUCCGUCUCGUGUGGAGCUUAAUCAACGCCGACUUUCGUGGGCUAAAGGUUCCUAGACUCACUAUAGAGCUACCCUCUGACAUAGAGCACUAUGCGGAGAAGUUCCUCCAUGAACUUCAAUGGCCGGUAGCUCGCGACUCCCUGCCGUCGCAUCCGAGUUUGCUGACACUUCAUCACCGCAUUCCGUCCGGCCGGCAGAGUUCCGAGCAGGCUUCGCUCCGCUUCGUAGAGUCAUUCUACCCGUCUCGACCAGAAAAUCAUCAUGUUCUUAUCCUCUCUCCACAAGCGGAACUCUCGCCUCGAUUCAUGCAAUAUCUGCACUAUCAAAUCCUCGAACACCGCCAUUCGUCUUGGAUUUCAUCCUCCGCGCAAUCCAUGCUCGGACUUUCCUUGAAUGUUCCAUCAACAUACCUCAAUGGAACGGCAGGCUUUGCUCCUCCACAUGGAGACGGUCUAAACGGUGACAAGCCCUCGUCUUUUCUCUAUCAAGCACCAUCUUCUACAGCGGUUCUAAUAUUCGGCGAUAAAUGGUCUCAGUUUCACUCCUUCCUUACCAAGCGUCUUCAAGUCGACCCAGGUAAGAAGACGACCAAGUAUGUCUCAGAGACGGAGCCAGCAUGGUUGGAGUACUUGCUGGAGUUGAUGCGUGCUCGAGAUUGGACUGUCCUGCACCCUGCAGCCUCCACAAACCUAGUAACGGUUCACAAUGAACUAGCACAGGUUCCCGAAGAGUACCUGCGGCCUGGCGCUGGGAGGAGUGAAGAAGGAGCCAAGAAAGCAGAUGGAUAUGGAGAUGGGGAAGCGUUUCUUCUCUCCAGUGAACCUCUUGUGCUAACAGAGCGGAUUGAGAGCGACGUUCAUCAUGGCGAUGGCACACCUCUGCAUCGUCUUUUGGAGCCUGAGAUCACAAUUGGGGAGUUGCCCAUCGUGGCGUUUGACGGAAACGUGGUCACGCGGCUAGGUCUGAGUAAUGCGGGAUCCGAGUAUCGAGAAAACUUCCGCAAAUCUUUCGGUGGUUGCGAUGCCAAAGAUGCAGCAAAGAGCCGGAUGACGGAUUCGACUGGAGCGAGUGAUCUCUUCUGUUUGCCUGGGGAGAAAGUUGAAGAGGACGAGCCAUUGGAUAGGGGCUUCAUUGAAGCGGAAGUUAAGGUGCCCAGCAAAGGUCUGGACGAUGCGAUGGGUACGGUCUGA